UCAAAAUGAAUUUAUCAAUUUUAUUCAGACUAAUAUUAAUAUAGACACAUUUUUAUGAAGCACGGAUUUCGCCGUAUUACCGAAGCAAAUUUGCUUAAUUAUUUGCUAAAUUUACUACAGUCCUCAAAUCAGUUCCUAAUCGUAAAUAUUCUGUGAACUGUUUAUACUUUUUAUUAGUGGCAAGUGGUUUCAGUUAGCAAACAAUAGUUUAUUGUGCGACUGUGUGGUUCUAGUACUUGAUAAUUUAAUUGCAUAUGAUCGUGUAUACUAAUCGGAAGAUAUAUUACGAAGGUGAUAGAAAACUUAUCGGGGUCCCUGGAUGUGUGAAAAAAGAUGAAAUUCGCAGAACAUUUGAGUGCCCAUAUUACACCAGAAUGGAGAAAACAAUACAUAAAUUACGAGGAAAUGAAAGCGAUGCUCUACAUGGCGGUAGAGCAGGCGCCUUCAGCAGAAAGCGUAGACGCCGAAGACGUGCGUCGCCACUUCGUCAACUUCGACGAGCAAUUCUUUCAGUACUGUGAUAAGGAAUUAAAAAAGAUCAACACCUUUUAUGCCGAGAAAUUGGCAGAAGCGACCAGAAAGUUCGCCACCUUAAAAAGCGAACUGAAAGAUUCAUUGGACCAAAUCCGAUUCGGGCACGGGAAAAGGGGCAAGAAGCGAAUCCCCACCAGGAAAUUGCAAGAUCUUAAGUUGGCAUUUAGCGAGUUUUAUCUUAUGCUUAUUUUGCUUCAAAACUACCAGACCUUGAACAAUACCGGGUUCCGUAAGAUACUUAAAAAACAUGACAAGUUACUUAAUACAGACUUGGGACUUAAAUGGAGGGAAGAGCACGUAGAAACAAGCCAUUUUAAUUCUAAUAAAGACAUAGAUAAUUUAAUUAAUGAAACUGAAACUAUGGUUACCAAUGAGUUGGAGGGAGGUGAUCGCCAAAGAGCUAUGAAAAGAUUAAGGGUGCCUCCUCUAGGAGAACAACAAUCUCCUUGGACUACUUUUAAAGUGGGGCUCUUUUCGGGCAGUUUUAUCGUACUAUUAAUAGCCGUAGUACUAUCUGCAAUAUUUUACGAAAGUUCGGCGGAAAAUUUAAAAAUCGCUUUCAGAAUGUACCGUGGACCGUUACUACUCAUCGAAUUCAUAUUUCUUAUAGGCGUCAACAUCUACGGUUGGCGAUCGUCCGGUGUAAAUCACGUAUUAAUUUUCGAAUUGGAUCCUAGAAACCACCUGAGCGAACAACAUCUUAUGGAACUCGCCGCUAUUUUUGGCGUAAUAUGGGCCCUUAGUAUACUCAGUUUUUUAUAUAGUAGCGCCCUGAGUAUACCGGCUUAUGUAAACCCCUUGGCGCUGAUGAUUAUUAUGUUCUUUUUCUUGGUUAACCCUUUCAAGAUGUUUAGGCAUGAAGCUCGUUUUUGGUUUCUCAGAUUAUGUGGUCGAAUGUUUGCAGCUCCAUUUUUUCACGUAGGUUUCGCCGAUUUCUGGCUCGCGGAUCAGCUAAACAGCUUAGUUAAUGGCUUGCUAGAUAUUCAGUUUUUGUUAUGCUUCUAUUUUACUAACGGAGAUUGGCAAAACGCCGGAGACACCACCUCUUGCAUGGAAAAGAACUUUUUAAUAAGACCGUUAGUGAAUUGUAUCCCUGCGUGGAUUCGUUUUGCGCAGUGCCUAAGGCGGUAUUAUGACACCCGAGAAGCGUUUCCCCAUUUGGUUAAUGCUGGUAAAUAUUCUACGACGUUUUUUGUGGUUAUUUUUGCCACCUUGAAGGGAUAUUAUAGCAGUGAUUACGAUUCAGUAUUAGAUAAUCCUUACUAUAUUAUGUGGAUUAUUGCGCAAGUAGUUAGCUCUACCUAUGCCUAUAUAUGGGACAUCAAAAUGGAUUGGGGUCUCAUGGACAAGAAUGCUGGAGAAAAUAAGUUUUUAAGAGAAGAGAUUGUAUAUUCUUCCACUUUCUUUUACUAUUUUGCCAUAGUCGAAGAUUUCGUGUUGCGAUUUACUUGGUGUAUCACAAUUUAUCUGACCGAGUAUAAAUAUGUCACUUCUGAUAUGAUGACGUCUAUAACGUCACCUCUGGAGGUAUUUAGAAGGUUCGUUUGGAACUUUUUCCGUCUAGAAAACGAACACUUGAACAAUUGCGGUAAGUUCAGAGCUGUAAGAGAUAUUUCGGUGGCGCCGAUCGACUCCUCGGACCAGAUCCAGAUUUUGAGGAUGAUGGACGAACCGGACGGAGUGGUAAAUCGCGGUAAAAAGCAAAAAUCCCAAAAGAAAAAAGAGGAUAAACUGCCAUUGUUGCCCGAUAGUACCAUUGUCAAUUUUAAAAAUAUUAAUGUGCUCUAGAAAGGUCAGUUUCCCUAACUUUUUAUUCGUUUAUAUUGUGAUUAUUGACAAUACUUACGGUUUUAAACAUAUCUGGGGUAGUUUGUAGUUUAACGUUUUAGAAUUUUUUAUACAUAUACCAGUACUUAUUUCAUAUACAUUAAGUAUAUACAGGCUGUGAGAAAUUCGAGAAUUCGAAGUCUCGGUAACGGUAACUGUAAGAGAUACGAAAUUGGUUGAACCAGAAGAAAUUUCACAUUUUAGUGAUAAACAAACAUUAUAAAACGACAUUUAGAAAAGUCGUUUUUAUUUGUUUCAGGGUUUAUUCCAAAAUCGAUCUUAACUGGUCUUAACAUAAAUUGCGCGUUGCGUUAUCAGCUUGCAUAAUAGUACUUUCAAAUUUACAGAUUUUUGUCUUUUGUGUAUUUAUUUAGGAUCCUGUCAAUACAAAUGUAAGGGAGAGUUGGGGUGCGCAUUUAAGCAAAAAUUGUAUUUGUGGCGAGCCUAUAACAUAUAAAUUAGUUUUAAAAAUGGUAUGAGAUGUAUUACUUAUUAAUGUAUAUAUAUGUAAAAUGUUAUUUAAAAAAAAUCUACUACGCAAGUAUAAAAUUAAACAAAAAUAAAAAAAACCAUUUGCGCAUAAUUACCCGUCCCGACGGGCAAUGAUGCGCAAGGGUUAGGUAAUCGUGCGCAGGAAAUAUCUGUUUUAAAAAAUUAAUUAUUUAUUUUUAAAUAUUAACAUUUAAAGUAGUUAAUUUUUUAGUAGUAAUAUUUAAACAGCAGUAUAAAGCCUUAAUUUAAACAGUAGUUGCAGAUGUAAUUUUCUGGAGUAUCAGCAGACGUGCAGGCUGCGUGGUUCCAAGAAGCACACAUAACACAGCGGUACCAUAGUUCUCGAUUUUUGCCAACUUCUCCACAAAUACAACAUAUCUCUUUGGGUUUUGAGGGGGUUUUUGGAGAAGGCGGCAUGAAGUUAAAUUCAUCAAUAUCGUCUAACUCAUCAUCGUCGCAUAUCUCAGACAAUUCAUUUUCCAAUGAAUCAUCGGAUGUCUGAGGUGUGGCCUCUCUCUUUCUUUUUUGUUUUCCUUUAAGUGUUUUUGUAUCUUGUGUUUCUUCUUCAAAACAUUUUCUUAUAGUUUUCUUUUGGAGUGAUUUUCCUUUUUCCUUUUUCUUUAAGUUUUCUUCUUUUACUCUCUUCUUUUCGUCAGCGUCCUAACCGGAGUGCUUGUAAGGAUUUUUGAACAUUGCUUUUAUUUAGCAUUUUUUUAACUCCUUUAAUAACUUUUUUUGUUGGUAUAGGAGCCAUAGAAAGGAAAGAGUUCUCUUUCGAUGUACCUGGCUGAGGAUUGUUAUAGUCAAUUAAACAUGUUUGUCUAGCCUCUGGCAAAGAAUCCUUUUCUCCUGGUUCAGAACUAUUUGGCAAUGAAACAUUAGCUUCUGGUCUGGAUAAGAGUGGGUGAUUUUCGUCGCUGCUAACAACAGUGCAAUUUGUGUUUUGCCUAGAAGGGGUAAAAUCAUCCACACUAAACCUGUCUGGAUUUAGUGGAUAAAUUCCUGAAGUGUGGAACCCUGAGACAGCUUUCUCCAUGGUGGCGACUUUCAUGAAUGCUCUGUUUAAUAAUUCAGAUACGUCAUAUUCUGUUAUUUUUUGAUGUCCAGAAGUAGAUAAAUGAAGAUCGUGUUCUCUAUAGAGAGCAUUUUUAAGUGGACUAAAAAAAGUUAGAUCCAAUGGCUGAAGACGAUCUGAGGUGUGGGGAGGAAGAGAAACCAUAUUAAUAUUAUUUCCUUUACAAAAAUUAUAAGCCGAAAUCGAAAUAUGGCUUGAAUGGUUGUCUAAAACCAAUAGGAUAGGAUCAGAUGCAGUAGACUUUUGCAAAAUGAGACAACCACUCAACAAAUAGCUCAGAGUUAAUCCAACCGUUCUUUGAACAUUUGUACAAGGCACCUAAGGGUCCAUUUUUUUGCAGAGUUGUUGGCAUUCUUACUCGGGGUUAUAUGAGCAUGGGGGGGAUGUAAUUCCCUGCAGCGCUCAUACAAAAAACUCCAGUUAUUGUCCUUCCCCUUUCAGCAGAUAUAGCAGAGCCCACUUUUUUUACUCCUCUGGCACCAUAAACUUUCGGACAUUUAGCUUGAACCAUUGUAAUGCCUGUUUCGUCCAUGUUAAACAUUCUGCUUCGUUGAAAUUUAAACUUUUGCAUAAGAAUCUUAAGAUUAGAAUAAAAUAGUUUUACAGAUUCUUUAUUAAAAGAUGAAAUCCGAUUUAAACUCGUGCCCUCAGGCUGUCGCAGUUUUAUCUCGGGAAAUCUUUUUAGAAAUCCAUGCUUUGCCAGCUAGUCCCUUUUUUCGAUUAAAGUUGUGAAUAAUAUUAUUUUGUUCUGCAUACCUAAAUGCAAGCCUUCUUAGACCAUCAGGUGUCAACCCAAAAAACGAUUUUGAAAGCAGCAGAACAUAAUCUUUUAAUUCACACUCUUUUUCUUUAGAGAUUACAGUUUUACGGCCCAAUCGAGGUAGUUUAAGAUAAUCUUCUAACAACUUUUUUCUAAGGGUAGAUUCUGGUAUUUUAAAGGAUCUUCCUACUUCCCUAAUUUUUCUUCCGUUGGUAUCCAUAUAUCCUUAUAGCAUCUAGGGCUUUUUGCAGGGUUUCCGUCGUAUAUGAAAGGAUAUCAGUCUUUCGUGUGUAAUUUCUAGGCAUCUGAAAACAUUAAAUAGUACUAUUACUUCCCUAAUUUUUCUUCCGUUGGUAUCCAUAUAUC